CGUGUGCGGUUGCGGUUUGAAAAGUGGUUGCGUUGUGUGUUACACACAUCGGCUUAGCGUACUAGACCCUGUCUUAGUUUUGAAAUGUUUACGGCCGGAAAGCGGCAGCUAGCCGACCAUCUUGUAUUGUAAGGAGCAAAGGAAACGAACGCGCAAAGAGUUAAACAAACAUAAAAAUGUGCUUAAAAUACAUAAAUCAAUGUGAGCAAAACGUGCGCGGCAGUGAAGCAUUUUAUUCGCCAAUUUAAAAUUUAUUUGCAAAAGUGUUAAGGCGAAUACACACACAAAUAAAUGUUAAAACCAAUACCAGCGUAGCUUAAACUUAAACGACUACGAUCAUUCAUUGUUGUUGCUGCUGCUGCUGCUGCUGCUCUUCUGCCACCACUCACUACUUACCUGUCUGCGCAGAUGUAUGUGUGAGUGGCGAGUCGCUUUUUUUUAAUUUUUUAUUUUGCGCAUGCAAAAGGCGCUUGCGGCUGCGGCGAAGGCAGCGGCGCUGAGAAGCUUUUAAGUCGAAGUUCUUUUGACUUCUGACGUCGGCGUCAACGUCAACGUCAGCAUAAGCGACACAACGAACGCCAACGCCGGCGUUGGGCGGCAGCAACAGGUUAGCCAGCGGCUUUAGCAGCGCUGCCCACCACUACAAGUACAACGGCAGCACAGGCGAAAGAAACAGCGAAAUCAUUUGCCGCAAAACUUGUACAGUUGAUCGGAUCUCAGAAUUUAAUAGGAUAUAUCUCAAGUCAUCGUCAUCGUUAUCGUUAUGCUGUACAGUAGAACAUGGCGACGUCGACACUUUAUGCUGCUGGGGUGACCUGUUUGGGUUUUCUUUGCUUCGCCUUGGCAUCCAUUGCCAUUGGUAUACCAAUCUGGGGCUACUACGAUAGUCCAUCGGGUGGCUAUGACUACGAUCGCGGCUAUUUCGGGCCGUUCAAAGUUUGCAAGCAAUUAACCUACAAUCGAGAGAAAUGUGGCAACGAUGUGUCCAAAUUCAGACUAAGCAAUGCAGUCUUCGUCAGCGGCCUACUCGCCAUUGGCAGCUCAGCAGUGCUGGGAAUCUUCUGCAUAUUAUCGGUUAUUCAGCAUGCGAUGAUCUCAUCGCGGGAGAAGGUUGUGAUGUCCUACACCUCCCUGGUCAUUGUCAAGCUGAUUCUAGCUCUGCUAGGUGGUCUCUUGGCCAUCAUAGCCACUGCACUGUUUGCUCUUCAGAUUGACGAGCAGGAGCGUUACGGCUUUAAAAUCUCACGCGGGAUUUCCUUUUAUUUACAAAUUGUCGUCAUUGUCUUAACGAUUGCGCUAUUUGUGGCCGCUCUGUAUGACGUCAUAUACUCGCGCAAUCCGGGUGGCGAUCCCACAAUGGCGUUAGACGCCUCCUCGCCGGGCAGUGCCACCACCUUCAACAAUCCGGGCUUCAAGGAGCGCGGCCGGAACGGUGUGUCGGUAACAGAUGCAUCUGGCAAGCCGUACAGUGGCAUUCGCAACGGCGCUGGAACUGCGGGCAGUGUCGCCUCGAUGAGUACCACCGUUACUAGCGUCUCCAAUGGCUCCACACUCGACUCUGUGACGCGUUCGCCAUUGCGUUCGAGUCUGAAAAAGCCGCGACCGCGGCCCGAUCCUGCGCUGGGCAUUCAAAAUCCCGGCUAUUCGGGAUCGGGCAGCUCGCCGCCCAUGCGACGCAAUGGAAGUGUCAAGAAGGUGCGGAUACAGACGCACAGUACGGAGGUGUAGAAGGGCUUGAAGGGCAGCCGUUAUGGCUUCAUUUAGGUUUCGAUGCAUCAACAACAACAACAACAACCACAAAAAUCAUUUACAAAGACUGUGUACAGUAGCAAAGAAAAGCAAAUCAACACAAAUCACAACAACACUCGACCGUCACUAAGAAUGACGCACACUUGAGGGCAAAAAUGUAAAAACAAAAUGAAAAUCAAAUGAUCUUACAUUUCAUUUCAAUUAACACAUUAUUACAAUGUUAUUCUCAUUUGUCUUCCAACAAGCCGAGCAGAGUUUAUUUCACUUUGUUUUUUUUUUCUUCUGGGAGAAAAAAGAAAAUUAAAACUGGAACAUUCGCGGAUCGGUUUCCGUCCAAAGGAAAGGCAAACGUAUUUUAUUUAAAUUUCAAUGACCCAACUAAUUUCUUUUUAUUAAAAAAAGAUUGCAUUUUGUUAAAAGUGUCCUUAAAAAACCCCGCCCAGUCCUUCCAAAUGCUACAGCAAUGCUUUCUUCACAACAACAUAAAAUAUUAGUAAUUUGCAAUAUUUAAAUAUUUACUUUUGAAAUAUUUAAACAUGGUCAUAAACUAAAUUAAGCAACAUAAUGAAACACGUGUAAAAUACCAACCUAAUACCUAACAAAUAAACAAACAAACAAAUUGUAGUAAUAGUUAAUAUUUAUUAAGCUUACAUUAAAAGUUUGAACUACAUUCUAUACUUAUGCGUUACUGUUAGUAUACAGAAACUUCAAACGUUUAAUGUAAAACCGAGUUGCAUUAAAAUUAAUUCAUUAAUUAAUUAUUAUUAUUAUAGUAAAACAAAGUUG